AUGCCUCGGGCUUCUACUGCUUCCCCUUAUACGCAAGCGUGGCUCACAAACUAUCCCACUCCAAGCAAUACGCAAUCACCUCCGAAUACUCAAAAUAACCCGCAAUUAAGUAAUACCUACUUAUCUUCACAGGGUACAGAAGAAUCUUUGUUAGACAAAUCUAUCUCAACUCAUGAAAUAAGUGGCUUUGCUCCAAGUUCUCCAGAAAGUAUUCAAAAAUCUAGAAUGGAAAAUAUAAUUAACUCUCCUUUACUGGAGGGAUCUAUACAAAAUCCUCAAGAGAGUGACUUAAAUGAAGUAUCAGGCCCUGAACAGCUUUUUAAUAUUGCCAAAAACCAGGGUUCGCCGCCAAUUGAUGAUACUCGAGAGAAUAUUUUAAUUAGUGAUACUGAUCAGCCAUUG